GAGAGCCGGCGAGCGUUAAUAAAUCUCUUAGGCAGAGGAGGAAACUCUGGCUGGGGCGGUGCGCGCAGCUCCGGCGGGGCGCUGUGGGGCGGACGGCGGCGACGGAGACAGGGGGGACGGCAGAAGCAGCUCGGCCGGUAAAACGCGCUGGAGACAACCAACCGGGAGGACUCCUCUCCCGUAAACACGCUCCACGCCUCGGCCGCUUCCCCGGGGGCCGCGCUCCCGCCCGCCCGCCUGCCUCGGCGCCCGAGCAGCCUCGGACUGCUAUGUAACGUCGAGGCUGCGGGAGGACGAACGCGCGGAGGGAGAAGAGCCCGGGGCCAAGUUUGCGGCCACUCCGGCGGGCGCCCCUCUUAAGCCCCUCGCCUGCUCCUCCUUGAAGCCUCGCUGGCCCGGGCGCCUCUCUUGGCCUUCUCCGGCUCCCCAGCUGCCGCGUUUCCCGGCGACCAUGGUGACGAUGGAGGAACUGCGGGAGAUGGACUGCAGCGUGCUCAAGAGGCUGAUGAACCGAGACGAGAGCGGCGGCAGCGGCGGCGCCCUGGGGCUGCCGAGCGGCGGCAAGUGCCUGCUGCUGGACUGCAGGCCGUUCCUGGCGCACAGCGCCGGCUACAUCCGAGGCUCGGUGAACGUGCGCUGUAACACCAUCGUGCGGCGGAGGGCCAAGGGCUCGGUGAGCCUGGAGCAGAUCCUGCCCGCCGAGGAGGAGGUGCGCGCCCGCCUGCGCUCGGGCCUCUACUCGGCCGUCAUCGUCUACGACGAGCGCAGCCCGCGCGCCGAGAGCCUCCGGGACGACAGCACCGUGUCGCUGGUCGUGCGGGCGCUGCGCCGGAACGCCGAGCGCACCGACAUCUGCCUGCUGAAAGGUGGCUAUGAGAGGUUUUCUUCUGAGUACCCAGAAUUCUGCUCUAAAACCAAGGCCCUGGCAGCCAUCCCGCCACCUGUGCCCCCCAGCACCACGGAGUCCUUGGACCUGGGUUGCAGCUCGUGUGGGACCCCACUGCAUGACCAGGGGGGUCCCGUGGAGAUCCUCCCCUUCCUCUACCUGGGCAGCGCCUACCACGCCGCCCGCCGGGACAUGCUGGACGCCCUGGGGAUCACAGCCCUGCUGAAUGUCUCCUCGGACUGCCCCAAUCACUUCGAGGGACAUUUCCAGUACAAGUGCAUCCCGGUAGAAGAUAACCACAAGGCGGACAUCAGCUCCUGGUUCAUGGAAGCCAUCGAGUACAUUGAUGCAGUGAAGGACUGCCGGGGCCGAGUGCUGGUUCACUGCCAGGCUGGCAUCUCCAGGUCCGCCACCAUCUGCCUGGCCUACCUGAUGAUGAAGAAGCGCGUGAGGCUGGAGGAGGCGUUCGAGUUCGUCAAGCAGCGCCGGAGCAUCAUCUCGCCCAACUUCAGCUUCAUGGGGCAGCUGCUGCAGUUCGAGUCUCAGGUGCUCACCACGUCCUGCGCCGCCGAGGCCGCCAGCCCGUCGUCGGGGCCGCUGCGGGAGAGGGGGAAGGCCACGCCCACCCCCACCUCGCAGUUCGUCUUCAGCUUCCCCGUGUCCGUGGGCGUGCACGCGGCCCCCAGCAACCUGCCCUACCUGCACAGCCCCAUCACCACUUCCCCCAGCUGUUAGGACCAGCCUCGGAACGACGAGUCCAGAGUGGGCCACCCCGCCCGGGUUGUGAGAGCCAGGUGUAGGCAGCGAAUAGGGACUGGCCAGUGGGGGACCAGGUGACCCAUGCUUUGUCCCCUUCCGUUUCUCCUUGGCCAACCACAGGGCCGGCUAGAAUGGCAAUAAGGACUUUGAAUACGCGUUAAACAAACAAACAAAACACUCCAACAUAGAGCAAUAACGGCAGCGUCCGCGGCCAGGGAAGACUUGGUUUAUUUGCCAGUUUUUUCUUUGCAGGUAGAGAUUUACCUCAUUUUUUUUUUUUUUUUUAAAGCAGUCAAGCUUGAAGUUAUGAAACCCACAGAUCCUGGCAAAUGUGCCCAACCGAUUUUAUCAAGUGGAGAGGGAAAGAAAAAAGUGGAGAAAACGCGGUUGCCGGAAGUGCCUGGUUCUGUGUGCUUGUUCUGUUGUUGCAUUCAUGGGAGUUUUGUUCUAGAACUUCUAGGCCACAGCAUUUCACUUCUCUUUAGUCGACAACUGAGUAAUUAUGCUUAACGAAUGUUUGAGAACUUCUCAAGGACACAUGUGCGGGAGUUUGGUGACUUGGCAAUGUAUCUCUGUUGAGGUUACACAGUAGAGCACCGAAACCUCACACAGGCAUGGCAACAAGGAAGUGAGUGGGCAGUCUGUGGGUCUCUGCCAGGCACCGUGGUCGCUGUCAUGCAUUGUUGCCACGGAGAAGCAGGCAGGGUGACGUGCAAGAAAAAAAAAUGUCUAUGGCAGGUCGCUUUUACAGCUGGUUCCCGGGACCACCAUAAGCUUGCCUCUCCAGUGGUCCAUUUGGCUGUGAUAGAGCAUCUUCUUCCAGCUUGCCUAGGAUUUGGAUAUUGUCUUUGCUAAACGCCAUCUUCUCUAAGGUGCUCCUGGAAAACUGGGUGCAAUUCAGAUUUUCCUCCGGUGAAUCAUUUGGCAAGGCGGUCAUCAAAGCCAGAUCACUAAAGACGAGCUAAAAACGAAUCCCUUUGUGAACUCACUACUGUCCUUUCUCUUGGAUAAAUUUGGAGUUUUCUGUUUUAGGAAUUGACUUGAAGCAUACCAAGAAAUUCUUGUUAUGAAAUCCCUGUCUGACAAGUGAAUACGUUCAGCAGCCCUCCUUUGAAUAAAAAGAGGUUUGCCAUGACUUGGGGUUCCUAAAGUCUGGAAGGGGGUGAGAGCGCACCAGGGGAAGGUUCUCGGGAGCCAUUUUGGGUUCUGACUGGGCUAACACAAUUUUUAAGGAGCCUUUCCAACUGGAGGAACGAGUGUGUUUUCUAAGGGGAAGGCUUGGGGUGGGGUGGGGAGGGAACCUGUUUUUAUCUGUAGUAUUGAGGAACAGUAUUGUGAUGGAGUGCCAGCUUAGAGGUCACAUGGCUUUUCACCCUCUUUGGGAGCCGAGAUCUCCGUGGACAUUCUUGAUCCCACAUAAAUAACUUCAAAGCCUCAAUGUCACAAUCGUGGCAGAACGCUCUUUCUUGUCCAAAACCCCAGACAGCCCGGUUCGUCACAUUUCCCCAAUGAACUGUGAACCUGUGUUGGCAUAUCUUGUAUUGGUGGCCUGUGUCCCCCUGCCUCUGGGUGAGUUCAGAGUCCUUACUUUGCGUUUUUGUUUUAGAGAAGUGAGGGGUGCCCUUCCUCCCUGACUGCCGUGUUGGCUGCUUUGGCUGAAGGCAUGAAGGGGCUGAGCUCCCAGUUGGUGGCACCCAUUAGAGACUGCCUCGUUGGAUGGUCCUACUUUUUUUCUCCCCUGCUUCCUGGCAGCUGUUUCAUGUGUGAAGAAUUUUAGGAGGAGUUUUUGUAGCUAGACAAGUCCUGGGUUCCAAGAAUGUAAGGUUUUCUGGAGGACAGACAGCCUUUUUAUAUGAGUGUGUUUGCCAAAUGUGUCCUAGUUCCCAGACUGGAUCCCAACCACACAGGCAGUGGGAGCUCCAAAUGUCCUUCCCUGCUUCCUAAUUCAAACCACCUAUGACAAUGGCAAGGGGCUAUUUAUAAAGUCAUUUUUUUUGUACUUGAUAACAGCAUGACACCCAAAACUCUGAGAAGGAAAAUAGGACAUUGGUUUGGUUGAAAGCAAGAUAAAAAGUUGUGUGUUGUUGGGGGGGGGCAGGGUCACCUUUUAAAAACUGUGACUGUCUCUCCAGAAGCUUUGAUGGCUUGGACUAUCUAACGAAGACAGUGUCCCAUCCAUGAACUGAUUGCUGGUGAUGGGAAGUUUUGCAAUGUCAGGAAGCUGUUGAAUAUUUGCCAGAGAAUGAGGGGCACUUCCAGUUUCCCCGGGAGUCUUGGCUCCAUCCGUGGGUGUUUUGGGGAGUUGAGAGCUAAAGCACAGGUGAGCAGGUGGCUAGCAGCCCUCAGCUUCAUUCUCCCAUUCCCUGUGCCGAGACCUUGUACUCUGGCAUUUGGCUUUCAGUAAGGCUGAGGAAGCCAUGGAAAGAGGUUAAGAGUCCUUGGGAAGGUGGUAGGAAGGGAAGAUGGAUGGAUGGUUAGUCCCAAGGGGAAGGGACUGGGCAAUAGCCUGGAAGCCUGGAGUAAUAAGAUAGUUCAUAUUGGUGGUUUAUCACAAUCACCUGGGCAACCUUGAAAAUUCUUAUAAUCUGGGUGGCCCUUGACCAAAGAAACCAGGGUUUGGGAGGGUGGGACCCAGACACCAAUGUGUUCCAGUGUUCUAGGUGCUCUUAGUGUGCAGCCAAGUUUGGAGAUGCCAUUGCUCUCUCUGGAUGGUAAAAUUCUAACAAAGACCUGGUCUUGCUGACACACAGCCAGCUUGUGAAACAGGAGUCCCCAUCAGAAGCUUUGUCACAGGGUCGUUGUGGUCCCACUAGCCACAGCUGGCUGAGGGGGUGAGGUGGUUUCUUUGGGGGAGCCCCUGAGUGGAAACCAAUUUGUGGAGUGUUGUGAGUGGGCCCCAAAUAGUGUCUGGGUAUUGAUAUAUUUCCCUAAAGUUCGUUUCCAAGAAAGAUGGAGAAAGUCUGUGUUUGUUUUCAAGUCCUGCUUUCCAGUGCCCUGCUCCUCAGCUCAUGGAUCACUCAAAGAACUUCAGAAAGAUAUCAAUGCAAUACUUGUAACUUGUGUAAAUAGCCCCAUCUUUCUGAGUGGUGUCAUUUCUACAUUUGAUAUGCUUGUAUUUCUGUAGGAUGUACAUAGUUUAGGGGAUUUUUGUUUUUUAGAAGAGUCAAACAUGUCUGUUUUUAUUUAUUGCCUGAAAAUGAUCAUUUGAAGAAAAAUAAAUACAUUUUCAACCAA